GUGCAUCCUUCAUAUUGCUUGGACUGUCUUUGAGGUCUUCAAGUCAUGAUUUUUCUACUAUUUUCUCUGCGUAUGUCCGGAAUUAAAGGGAAAAAAAGGUACUUGUUUACGAAGGAAAAGAAACCAAAACAAAAUAAUAAAUUAAUAAUUAAUAAAGAAAGCUACUUGUUCGAUGAAAAAAAUCUUUCAAUUACGUAGAAUGCAAGAGGGAAAACUAGUGCUCGAAACGAAAACUGGUUAUUGUAGCAUAAUGAGCACACAGAUCACGAACUUGAGCUGGUCUCUUUUUAUUGGGUUUGUAUUAUUUUGGUAAUAGAAUCGUCUUGUCCUACUCCUCUGAUACUUGACAAUUUGUCCCCUUCUUUCAACUUGACCCUCCUCAAAUUUUUGGGUUUUCCCCAAAACAUCAGUUGGGUUUCGAGUGUUCGGAAUCUCUUCCAUCUGAUUUCAAAGGAAGUGGUCGGAUUUCAAUAGAAAAGCAAUAACUUGAAGGAUGCUGGGGGCUUCCAGGGGCUUUAGGGCUCGUGGCCUUACAAUCUUGCGCCAUAACCUCCAUCAACAUCCCCAUAAUUAUAUUUUUGAUUGCAAGUCUAAUCGAGCUCUGAGUGGCGGAGGAGAAAGAAGACACCUUCUUAACUGCAGCAGCUUCAUCUUUGGAGAUCGAGGCGAAGAUGACUUGUAUACCAGCAGAGCAUACUUCAGUUUUGCAAGACUAAGCAAAAUAGGGACAAACUGUGGCCGCAAUAUCAAGAUUAAUGCGUUCCUUUCAGACCCCGCCAAUUCUUCCUCUUCCUCCUCCCUAUAUCAUCUACCGUCUUCGAUGCUCAAUGGUCGCGUCUUAUUCUCAUCUUCAACUUCCAAUGACGAUGCAACAUCCUCCAAGCAAAACAAAAAAGCCUCGGCCUCUCUUGCUCAAACGUCUUCAGACCAGCAACAAGUUGCCGACAUGAAAAUCCUCCGUACUCUCGCUGGUUAUUUGUGGAUGAGAGACAACCUGGAGUUUCGCCUCAGGGUCGUCACUGCCUUGGCUCUGCUUGUUGGUGCUAAGGUCUUGAAUGUUCAGGUUCCCUUUCUCUUUAAGGUUGCUGUUGAUUGGUUGACCGCUGCUGCCACCAAUGUUGGCCCGCUUGCGGCUUUGAACACCGCUAAUCCUACUCUUGUUGCACUUUUUGCUACCCCGCCUGCUGUUCUUAUUGGAUACGGUGUUGCGCGAGUCGGGGCUUCUGCUUUCAACGAACUUCGGACGGCUGUCUUCUCCAAGGUAGCAUUGCGAACAAUCCGCUCUGUGUCUAGAAAGGUGUUCUCGCAUUUGCAUAACCUUGAUCUUCAGUAUCAUCUCAGUCGAGAAACAGGUGCAUUAAGCAGAAUUAUUGAUCGUGGUAGCCGUGCAAUAAAUUUUAUCCUGUCAUCUAUGGUGUUCAACGUUGUUCCCACCAUCUUAGAGAUAUCUAUGGUGUCAGGUAUAUUAGCAUACAAGUUUGGAGCACCAUUCGCAUGGAUCACAUCACUUUCUGUUGCAGCAUAUGUUGCUUUCACCUUGACUGUGACCCAGUGGAGAACAAAGUUUAGGAAAGCAAUGAACAAAGCCGACAACGACGCAAGUACAAGGGUUGUUGAUUCAUUAAUCAAUUACGAGACUGUUAAAUAUUUCAACAAUGAAGAUUAUGAAGCUCAAAAGUAUGAUGAGUUCUUGAAGAGAUAUGAGGAUGCUGCCUUAAAAACACAAAGAAGUCUUGCUUUUCUGAACUUUGGCCAAAAUGUCAUAUUUAGUACGGCACUAUCAACAGCAAUGGUUUUGUGUUCAUACGGGAUUACUAACGGCGAGAUGACUGUUGGUGAUUUGGUUAUGGUGAAUGGGCUUCUCUUCCAGCUGUCCCUUCCAUUGAAUUUUCUUGGCAGUGUUUAUCGAGAGACUAUACAAAGCCUUGUUGACAUGAAGUCCAUGUUUCAGUUACUGGAGGAGAGGGCAGAUAUUAGUAACAAGGAGGAUGCAAGGCCUCUCAAGCUGAAUGGGGGAAGCAUCCAAUUUGAUAACGUGCACUUCAGUUACCUGCCAGAGAGGAAGAUUCUUGACGGAGUAUCUUUUGUUGUACCAGCAGGAAAGAGUGUGGCUAUUGUUGGGACCAGUGGCAGUGGAAAGUCAACCAUCCUUAGAUUGCUCUUCAGAUUUUUUGAUGUUCAUUCUGGAAGUAUUAGAAUUGAUGGUCAAGACACACGAGAAGUAACACUGGACAGUCUUCGGAAGUCUGUUGGUGUUGUGCCACAGGAUACAGUACUUUUUAAUGAUACAAUAUUUCACAAUAUCCACUAUGGGUGUCUGUCUGCUACAAAAGAGGAGGUGUAUGAUGCUGCUCGACGAGCAGCAAUUCAUGAAACUAUUAUGAAUUUCCCUGAUAAAUAUUCUACUGUGGUCGGAGAACGAGGACUCAAGUUAAGUGGAGGUGAGAAACAGCGUGUAGCACUAGCUCGUGCAUUCUUGAAAGCUCCUGCUAUUUUGUUGUGUGAUGAAGCCACAAGUGCACUGGACAGCACAACUGAAGCAGAGAUUUUAAGUGCAUUGAAGUCACUGGCAAAUAACAGGACUUCAAUCUUCGUUGCUCACAGGCUAACAACUGCAAUGCAGUGUGAUGAGAUAAUUGUUCUGGAGAAUGGGAAGGUGGUUGAACAGGGACCACAUGAGGCUCUCUUGAUGAAGGCAGGCAGAUAUGCACAACUGUGGACGCAACAGAAUACCACUGUAGAUGCUACUGAUUCAGCGAUCAAAUUGGAAGCAUGAAACGAUUUUUUUAGUAACAUUGCAUUAAGAAUCAUGUUUUGCAUUCGCCCAUCCAGUUUCAGAUGCGAGAUUCACAUUUCAUUGUUAGGCUAGAAUUUUCCCACCUAAUUCAUUGUAAAUUUAUAAUAAUACAAGUAGUUGAAAGCCAUAAGCCAUUUUUGAGGAUUGACUAGAGCUCAGGCUCUAACCUUAUUGUUUUAUCGAGAGCUGUGAAGAGAAUAAUAUAAGUGCAGGGUUUCUCAA